AUGGGUCAGAAUCAGUCCGGCCUUGGAGGCGGUCCUCCAGGUCAAGGCGGCGAUGACAAGAAGAAGAGCGGCGAUAAGAAGGACAAGCCCAAGUACGAACCACCGCCGCAACCCACCACCCGCAUCGGCCGCAAGAAGAAGAAGGCCGCCGGUCCAAACGCCGCUGCCAAACUCCCGACCGUCUACCCAACCGCACGAUGCAAGCUUCGAUAUCUACGCAUGCAACGGGUCCACGAUCAUCUGCUGUUGGAAGAGGAGUUUGUCGAGAAUCAAGAGCGGAUAAGAAAGGCAAAGGCCGUCAACCAGGCACAACCGCAGUCAUCAGGAGGCGACAGCGAUGCGCUGGACCGGAACGCAGACGAGCGGAGUCGUGUGGAUGACAUGCGUGGGUCGCCGAUGGGCGUCGGUAAUCUCGAGGAACUCAUCGAUGACGACCACGCGAUUGUCUCUUCCGCCACCGGCCCGGAGUACUACGUCUCCAUCAUGUCCUUCGUCGACAAGGACCUGCUCGAGCCCGGCGCUUCCAUCCUGCUGCAUCAUAAGAGUGUGUCGGUCGUCGGUGUCCUCACAGAUGAUGCCGAUCCCGCGGUUUCGGUGAUGAAGCUGGACAAGGCGCCGACGGAGAGCUAUGCGGAUAUUGGAGGUCUCGAAAAUCAGAUCCAGGAAGUCCGCGAAGCUGUCGAGCUGCCUUUGCUUCAUCCUGAGCUGUACGAAGAGAUGGGAAUCAAGCCACCAAAGGGUGUCAUUCUCUACGGAGCACCGGGAACUGGCAAGACGCUACUCGCCAAAGCCGUCGCCAACCAGACUUCGGCCACCUUCCUGCGUAUCGUCGGUUCAGAGUUGAUUCAGAAGUAUCUCGGUGAUGGUCCUCGAUUAGUGCGUCAGCUCUUCCAGACUGCCGCCGAACACGCGCCGUCCAUUGUCUUCAUCGACGAAAUCGACGCUAUUGGCACGAAGCGGUACGAGAGCACGAGUGGUGGUGAGCGCGAAAUCCAGCGGACUAUGCUUGAGCUCCUCAACCAGCUGGACGGUUUCGACGACCGUGGCGAUGUCAAGGUCAUCAUGGCCACGAACAAGAUCGACACUCUCGACCCUGCCCUCAUUCGACCAGGUCGUAUCGAUCGCAAGAUCCUUUUCGAGAACCCCGACCAAAUCACCAAGCGCAAGAUCUUCACCCUGCACACUUCCAAGAUGAGCUUGGCCGAGGAUGUUGAGUUGGAUGAAUUCAUCAACCAGAAGGAUGACUUAUCUGGUGCAGACAUUCGUGCCAUCUGCUCCGAAGCCGGUCUGAUGGCUCUGCGUGAGAGGAGAAUGCGCGUUAACAUGGCGGACUUCCGCACUGCACGUGAGAGCGUGCUCAAGACCAAGACGGAGGGUGAACCAGAAGGACUGUACUUGUAA